AUGAUUCAUGAUGCAGUCCUCGACUACUACGGCCGGAGGUUAGCGACCUGCUCCUCGGAUCGCACCAUCAAGAUCUUCGAGAUCGAGGGCGAGACACAGCGGUUGACCGAGACACUCAAGGGGCAUGAUGGUGCGGUGUGGUGCGUUUCGUGGGCGCAUCCCAAGUACGGCAACAUCUUAGCGAGCGCGGGCUACGAUGGCAAGGUGUUGAUCUGGCGCGAGCAGAACGGGGCGUGGCAGCGCAUCUACGACUUCUCCCUCCACAAGGCCAGCGUCAACGUGGUGUCGUGGUCCCCGCAUGAGGCGGGCUGCGUGCUGGCGUGCGCGUCGUCGGACGGUAACGUCAGCGUGCUCGAGUUCAAGGACAACAACAGCUGGGAGCACAGCAUCUUCCACGCGCACGGGCUCGGGGUCAACUCGGUCUCGUGGGCGCCUGCCACCAACCCGGGCAGCAUCGUCAGCAGCAAGCCGAGCCCCAAGUCGACGGGCAACCGGCGGUUCGUGACGGGCGGGUCGGACAACGCGCUCAAGAUCUGGGCCUUUGACGCCGCGACGGGCGCCUACAAGCUCGAGCGCGAGCCGCUGACGGGUCACACCGACUGGGUGCGCGACGUGGCGUGGAGCCCGACGGUGCUGCAGAAGAGCUACAUCGCGAGCGCGUCCGAGGACCGCACCGUGCGCAUCUGGACCAGCGACCCGGCUAACCCGCAGCAGUGGAACUGCAAGGUGCUCGGCUUCGACGCCGCCGUCUGGCGCGUCAGCUGGUCGCUGAGCGGCAACGUGCUGGCCGCCAGCGGCGGCGACAACAAAGUCACGCUGUGGAAGGAGAACCUCAAGGGCGAGUGGGAGUGCGUCAAGUCGAUCGAGGAGUAG